AUGGAAUCCCCAAGGAAGGAAUUGAUGUCUGCCCUCUCCACGCUCCACUUGGGUGGUAAAUAUUCUGAUCUGACUAUCAAAUGCAAUUCUCGAGAAUAUGCCGUUCAUCGAGCCAUUCUUUGUUCCCGGUCUGGAUUCUUUGAUGGAGCUUGUAGCAACCAGUUUCGUGAAGCUCAGACUGGCUUGAUCGAUUUGAGCGAGGAAGAUGAAGAAGCUGUCGAGCACAUGAUCCACUACUUCUACCACCUGGACUACCUUGUUUCCGAGGACGAAGAGGAGCCAGCUUCUCCUGUCUUUCGUCACCGUGCGCAAGAAGCCCUUCGGCAAAGACCCCAAAAGCUUGACCUGUCUCACAUUGUGGACCCUCUUUUCGCUCAGGCAGCUGCUUGCGCCCCACCCACACCAAUCACGCCAACAGAAGCUGUUGAUCCUCUUUCGCACUCGAGACAUGACUCGAGUCUUGACCACUCGCCGCGUGCAACGAGCCCGAAAGGCAAGACCGGACUUCGUGGCUCAGGGGUCGGCAGCGCUUUGAACUCUGGGUCUGAAUGCGAAUCUGACGAGGAUGAGGAUUGCGAGUACGAGACAGACGAAUCGAAUCUUCUUACGCAUACCCGCAUCUACGCAUUAGCGGAAAAGUACGACAUCCCUGCUCUGAAGGCUCUUGCAAAAAGCAAAUUCGAAAUGGCAAUGGCUUGCUACUACGACUCGCCAGAGUUUGCCGAUGCCAUCGAGGAAGUUUACUGCUCGACCAUCGACAGUGAUCGCGGUCUCCGGGACGUUGUUCUUCAAGCUUUCAGGAGUCACCCUCAGCUUGCCAGUACUCAGGAUGUUUUCAAUGUCAUCAAGCGUACCCCAACUUUAGCUUUUGAGCUUUGGAAGACGGAGAGAGGAAUUCCGGUUUGA